GCUGAGGGUAUAUUUUAUAUUUUAAAUUAACACCAUUGGUGUCACCAUUGUCAGUAGAAAACAAUUCCAACAAUUGAAAAUUUAUAAAACUUUGCACCUGCACAAGCCACUACAGCAUUUUUUUUUCGUGUCUUCGCAGCAAUCAUCAAACCUUAGUGAACAAUAUUACCCAGUGCGUGCACGGAAAUAACAACAAAACAUUACGUAUCAGCAGUACCAGCACCGUAGGGGCCAAGAGCAGAAGCAAAGAAAAAGAAAGAUCUAAAAAUAUUUUUAAUCGUCGUACUCGAAUACUUUCAUUUCGCGAAACGCGAAUAGAUAGAGCUUUAAAUUGACAAAACAACGCAUUAUUAAACGCAAGCUAAAAUGGUAUUAAAAGUCUACGUCAGCGGCAUGUCCGGCAACAAGGAGGUUAAGAAGCGCCAACAGCGCGUCCUUAUGAUCCUGGACAGCAAGAACAUCCAGUAUGAUACCGUGGAUAUCACAGAACCCGGCAAGGAGGGGGAGAAGGAGAUGAUGCAGAACAAAUCUACCAGCAAUGGCGGCACAGUCAGCGACCCCGAUCCCCGCCACCCGCUACCUCCUCAGAUCUUCAACGAUGCGGACUACUGCGGCGACUACGACGCCUUCGACAUGGCCAACGAGAUAGACACCCUGGAGGUGUUCCUGAAGCUGGCCCCCGCCGACACCACGGCCGUGAGCAGUGCCCAGAUCGAGCUUAAGCAGGAGAACGGCGAUGCCAAGAAGGAGGUGGACGGCGAAAAGGAGAAGGCGACAGAGAAGGAUGAGGCGGCACCCGCAGAGGAUGCUGCUGCAGAGGCCAAUGGCGAGGCGGGGGAGAAGCCAGAGAAAGACGAAGACGGCGCAGAGACGUCGAGCGAGGAUAAGGAGAAGGCCGAGGGCGAAGGUGCAGACGCCAAGGAAGAGAAUGGCGAGGAAAAGACUGAAACCGAAGCUGAGGAAGAGUCCGGGGACCAGACAGCGCAGGAGGACUCCACAGGUAAAGAAUCGACGAAGGAGCAAGAAGGCACUGAGAAACCAGAGGGAGAAGAGGAGUCCAAAGAGAAGAGCGACGGUGAGAAGGAAAUUGAAAAGGCUGAGGAGGAAGCCGAUGAGAAGGUCAAGGAUGGAGAGGAGAUAUCAGAAGAAAAGUCAUCCGAAGAAGAGGUUGCAAAGGAGAUAGUUGAAGAGGCUGGUGGGGACAAAGUAACAGAAGAAGCUGAGAAAGAAACCGAUGAGGAGAAUGAAGAGGAAGAAGAUGUAGAAAAGGAUAAGGAAGCUGUAGCGGAAGAGGGGCUGGAGGCAGACAAAAAACAGGACGAAGCCGAGAAAGAAGAAAAGGAAGCGGAGCCGAAGAUCGAAAAAGAGGAAGGUAAAACGGAUGACGACGAAGAAGCUGACGAAAAAAUAGCAGAGGCGGAAGAAAAGAAGGAGGAAAAGGAUGUUGCGGAAGCAACAGAAACCGAAAAGGCGGAAGAGACACAAGAAAAAGCCGCCCCCGAAACGGUGGAGACCGAAGAUGCUGAAAAGGAGACGGAAAACCCAGAAGAGACGCCAAAAGAAUCCGCCCCCGAAACGGUGGAGACCGAGGAGGCUGAAAAGGAGACGGAAAACCCAGAAGAGACGCCAAAAGAAUCCGCCCCCGAAACGGUGGAGACCGAGGAGGCUGAAAAGGAGACGGAAAACCCAGAAGAGACGCUAAAAGAAUCCGCCCCCGAAACGGUGGAGACCGAGGAGGCUGAAAAGGAGACGGAAAACCCAGAAGAGACGCCAAAAGAAUCCGCCCCCGAAACGGUGGAGACCGAGGAGGCUGAAAAGGAGACGGAAAACCCAGAAGAGACGCCAAAAGAAUCCGCCCCCGAAACGGUGGAGACCGAAGAUGCUGAAAAGGAGACGGAGAAGAAUGACGCGCCCAAAGAGGAAGCAGAAGAGGACAGCAGUAAGCCGAAGGCCGCUGAAGAAGGUGACGCCGAGGCAGAGGCGUCCGCCGAAUAAAAACAAAGAGUCCCAGCAACAGCAACAUCCGCACACUGGCACCUGCAUCCAAAGUGUAUUAAUGCAAGGUGAGGCCCUCUCACCUUGUAUUUGUGCACCUUGGAGCGAACAAGCGGAGAAUCCACACGGCACCCACACACACACAUGCGCACGCACACAUUUAGCAUAUAAUGCCACUAUUUUCUGUAAAUAAAAAGAAAACCCACUAAUCACACAAAUUCAGGUGACGGGUAACGAACCUUA